AUGAAAUUGAUGAGCCAGAGCUGUGGAAUCAGAAAGCACGCUUCCGUUGAAUGUGUGUGUGUGUGUGUGAGGGAAAGGAGGAGGAGGAGGAGGAGGAGGAGGAGUCUGUUUCAUCUCUUCGUAUUGCGGAAAGUAGAAUCCAUAUUGACUUAUUUGUGUUUUUCCUGA